AUAUAAGUGUUAAUUUAAAACAAGAAUUGUUUAUUUUUCGUUUUCAGGAAAAACGUCCUACAUGACGAACAUUUUUAGUUCUUUUUCAACAUCAAAGUAAUUAUUUUUCUUAAACAAACGCCAGAUGCGUUAGCUUUACUUUAGUUCAUUGAUCAAACAAUUCAUUAACCAGUAUGAUUUUCCGAAUAAUAACUUUGAUGGUACUGUGUAAUGUCAUACUAACAAUUAACCCACAAGAUACUUCCAUAAAUAAUUUUGGUUUAUAAACGGGUGUUGUGCUCAAGGAAAUACGGUAUCACGAUGCUACAUUUGUCAAAACAUAAAGGAUACCAAUCAAAUGGUAUGUGGCCAUGCAUAUUGUAAGUCGUGCGAAACUAUGUUCGACAAUUGUCCAAGUUGUUGUAUUGAAUUAAAGAGAGGAUAUACAGACUUCAAAAGUAUUACAUCCAAAAACGUUCAACCAACUAUAUUUAGCGAGGAAAUGCCCGGAAAACCUCUGACAUGUUGUGAUUGUGGAUCGAUGAAUGUAAACCUUUAUCAAGCGAAUUGUAGUCAUAUUUAUUGCUUAAAAUGUCUGAAUGUUAAAAAUAUAACAAAUAACAGAACAUGCAUAAAAUGCCGUUUACAAAUUAACAACGUUAAAUCUGAGAAUUUAAAGUGCUCUUUUUGCUCUAAAGUUACUGAAUUGUAUCAAAAAGAUUGUGAACACAUCUUUUGUUGUUUCUGUUUAAAUCAAUUCAAAAAUUGCUAUAAAUGCGAAUCCCAUAAAUUAACAGAAAAUCAAGAUGAUAAUUUAAGUGAAAUCAAAGAUGAAAUACCAAGUGUAAAUCCUGUUGAAUACACAAUUAAAAAAUACCAUGAAGUACCUAGUGAAAAAAUAGUCGAAUAUCUUAAUCAACAAUACAAUGAAAACUCAAAAACUGAGACGAAAUGUGAGCAUUGCAAAGAAGGGCCAGGAGAUUAUGAUGCGUAUUUAUACAAUCAUAAACUUUGUUAUGACUGCUAUAAAAAAAAUGAAAAAUGUUCAUUGUGCAUAGCUUUAGACAAUGUAGAUGAAAAUACCUUUUAAGAACUAUUAUAGUAUUAAGAUUUAUUAUCAAAACUAUUUAAAAAAUGAAGAUAACUAAUACAUAAAUUUAUUUAUAAAUCAACAUUUCAGUCACAAUUCAAUUCAUUAAAUUAAUUUCUGUGUCAUUUUUCAAAAAUUUGAUAAUGUAAAUUAUAUAGUUAAUUUUUUCUUAAAUGAGGAAAUGAUAUCAUCUACGAAAUAAUAAUAA